UGAUUAAUUUUCAACUGGCCGUCCGGAAAAGAGCAGCCGGUUGUUUACAGUGCUAGGUUAGUGUUCACAGCUAGAUAUUUAAUUUUAUAUAAUUUAACAGCUGCAGUUAUGAGUAAUAUCUAUGUUUGAAUAAGUUAUAGAUAAAUGUUGCUCGCGGUUCUGUAAUAUGGAACUUCAGUGGUGACCUGCUGCACAUCUAUGCGCGUAAUCUUAGCCAUACAUUGAUUCUGUUUUCUAUUUCGGAAAAUGAUUUCUCAAGUGUUUAUUUUAUCCUCUAAAGGAGACCAUCUCAUUUACAAAGACUAUCGUGGGGAAGCUGACAAAGAUGCUGUCAGCAUUUUUUAUGAAAUGGUUACGGCACUGAGUGGAGACCAGCCUCCUGUGGUGAUGAGUCAUAAAGAUCUAAACUUCAUUCAUGUCAGACAAGGUGGACUUUACUGGGUAGCAUCUACAAAGACUGACGCCUCUCCGUUCACCAUCAUAGAGUUUCUCAACAGGCUUGCAGCUCUAACUAAAGACUACUGUGGCAGUCUGUGUGAGAAAUCUGUGCGGAUGAACUUUGCCCUUAUUUACGAGCUCCUGGAUGAGAUGGUGGACUAUGGCUACAUACAGACAACCUCCACUGAUAUCCUGAAAAACUUCAUCCAGACGGAGGCGGUCACUUCCAAACCCUUUAGUCUAUUUGAUCUUAGCAAUGUUGGCCUGUUUGGAGCUGAGACGCAGCAGAGUAAAGUUGCUCCCAGUGCUGCUGCCACUCGCCCCAUCAUGUCCCAUCGGAGCGAGCAGGGAGGAAAAAAUGAAAUCUUUGUGGACGUAGUGGAGCGAAUCUCUGUGGUUAUCGGCUCCAAUGGUGUUCUGAUGAAAGCAGAUGUUGAGGGAGAGAUCAGGGUAAAAUGUUAUCUUCCCACUUGUUCAGAGAUGAGGAUUGGGCUGAAUGAGGAGUUCAGUAUAGGAAAGUCUCAACUGAGAGGCUAUGGAAUGGCUGUACGGGUUGAUGAAUGUAGUUUCCAUCAGGCCGUGAAGCUUGAUGAAUUUGAUACAUACAGAAUUUUGAAAGUUUGUCCCAGCCAAGGAGAGCAAACCCUUAUGCAGUACCAGCUGAGUGAUGAGCUGCCCUGUGCUCCUCCAUUCCGCUUGUUCCCCACGGUGGAGAAGGAUUAUGGAAACAGAUUAUUAAUCUUCCUCAAGCUACGCUGUGAUUUGCCUCCUAAAAGCACUGCCUUAAAUGUUUCUGUUACUGUUCCUGUCCCAAAGAGUUCUUUAAGUCUCUCUCAGGAGCUCAGCAGCCCUGACCAGACAGCAGAUCUGCAACUUAAAAACAAAGCCAUUCUUUGGUCUAUCCCACGAUUCCCUGGGGGAGCUCAGCUAUCUGCACUUUUCAAGGUGGAGGUUCCAGGUCUUAGCUCUGCCUCACUCUUGGAGGUGGGGCCAGUCAGUAUGAGCUUUGAAUUGCCCAAACACACCUGUACAGGACUUCAGAUCCGCUUUUUGCGGUUGUCUCCAACCCACCCAGGGCUGUCCCAGCGCUGGGUGCGCUAUGUCACACACUCUGAUUCAUACACAAUCCGCAUCUGACACAUGCUCUGGACAAAUGUUUACUACAUGCUAAGGACCGAAGCUGUAGAUGCUGUUGAUCUUGUAUGAGAACAGGUGGGGAACAGCCAGAGUUUUGGACUUUUAAGCAGGGGCCCACUUGCACACACUUGCACAUCUCAUUGUGAAAGCAGGGAAAGGACACAUUCUUCAAGAUGUGUUUGUGUUGUGGAAAACACGUGAAUGGACUGGUUACUAUUAUUAAAGUGAUUGUUUAAAAUUAUUUACAAUAUUAAAUGAAAGUUGUGCCUGUGA